AUGUCUCGGUCCAACGACCCAGGCCACUACUUCCAGACCACCUCUGCGCUCAACGAGACGGCGCGCAAGGCCGCCAAAUCGAAGAACGACAGGGGCAGCCCGUUCAAGCUCCCUUCCAAGAUCCUCGCCGUCGUCGCCGACCCGCAACAUGCAGACCAGAUAUACGUUGCCGAGGCCGCCGGCAACGUGAAGCGGAUCAACAUUGAAACCAAGAAAGUCAUCAAGACUUUUGCUGGACCCGUGGCACCGCUUACGUCACUUGCUGUCUCGCCGCGGUCUGACACAGUGUACGCAUCAUGCUGGGACAAGUCAGUGUGGUCAUGGACCCUGUCCACAGGGAAGCUGGCAAAGCGAUUCCAAGGACACAGCGACUUCGUCAAAGCUGUGCUCCCGUUCGUUCUACAAGACAAGGAGCUCCUCGUGUCUGCUUCUGCGGACGCGAGCAUCAUUGUUUGGGAUGCCGCUACUGGCAACAAGCUCCACACUUUGAAGGGACACACACGAGGCAUUCUUGCACUCACGCUUGAUGUCACAGACUACGAUCCGAACAAAGACACGGCAACUGUAUUCAGUGCUGGCAGUGACCGCGAGAUUCGACGUUGGAACAUUGGCUUGGCCUCGGCCUCAGAACUUGAGCCCUCGCCGAUUAUUGCGCACGAGACGAGCAUCGAUGCUGUGCACUUUGACUCGGACGGAGAUCUCUGGACAGCUUCUGCGGAUAAAACUGCAAAGUGUCUUUCGCGAGGCAGACAGUGGGAGGAAGAUUCGGCGUUCGAGCACCCUGACUUCGUACGCGAUGUCGCUGUCGACGAAGACGGAGGAUGGGUUGCCACAGCUUGCAGAGACGAAGAGGUUCGCGUAUGGGAGAAGGGCAGUGGCAAGCUGCAUCACGUCUUCUCCGGCCAUUUUGAGGAAGUCACUGGACUAAUCCUGUUGCCUGGCCAGAAACUUAUCAGUGUGAGUAUCGAUGCAACCGUGCGACAGUGGAGCCUAAAGGCGCAGGAGCUCGCCAAGGCAGUUAAGGAAGCCGAGGACGAACAGCUUGGUCAAGUCAAGGACAAAGAACCAGAGAAUAAAGAGGGCAUGAUGACCGCCGAAGAAGAGGCAGAGUUGGCCGAACUUAUGGGAGAUAGCGACUAG